AUGGUCCGUCUCAAACAACGUUACAUAUUAUUCGAGGUCUUAUACCCUCCCACUGAUGGUGAAGACUUCCAAACUUACAGCGAGUCUCCCACUAAGGCCUUGCUUUCCCUCCAUCAAGAAUCUCCCCCACAAUUCACCCCCAAGACUAUCACCAAUACCAUCAAGUCCUCCAUCCAAGAACUCUAUGGAGAUUAUGGAUCCAGCUUUGCCGUACAACUUAAUAUGAAAUACUUCAACAAUAAGACCAGCACAGGCAUCCUACGUUGUACUAAGACGAAUUUCCAUUUCGUCACUGCCACUUUACCCCUAAUCACCACCAUUGAGGGCCGUAAAGUGAUCGUUAAUUGCAUCCAUGUUAGUGGUACCAUCAAGAAAUGUGAGGAUUAUGCCAUUAAACGGAACCUCCAGUUCAUGAGACGUGUAAGGUUUCUUGAAAAGUCAGAAAAUGGCACCAUUAUCACCAUUUAA